GUUUACAACUACUGCAAUCAUGUUAAUAUUUGCUUUGGGCAUUAAGAUAAGCUAUUUUGAUACGAACGUCCCAGAGAUGUUUUGUUUAACAGUAAAUAAGUUGUGUCAUUGUAGUCUCUUAUAGUGCCCUCAUUUUUUUUUGGUAAUCCGAUGUGAGUGUGUGAAAAAUGGAGGAAACCCAGUUGGACGUAUUGAAUGGAGACUCUGACAUUGAAUCUGAAAUGCAGGCGUCGAUUGACUCGUUUAGAGAAAGGUCCAGAAGUUACUCCAGAUGGUCACCAGUGGACGAAGGAGUUACGUUGGCUUGGAACAAUCUCACUAUUUACGCAAAAAUCAAAAAACGUGGAAUAACUAAUUACAAGAGGAUCAUUAAUGAUACACUAAUGGGAGCAAGUGGUGCUGGUAAGAGUACACUUAUGUCCGUUUUAGGAUACAGAAAUAGUGAAUAUUCUCUAUUUUAAAUAAUGUAUGCGAACAAUGUUUCGGGAGUUUAACUUUCAAGUUAUGGUUCGAAAAAUGGGUUUUUAUUAAACAUCUGAAGUUACAUUUACUGGUAAAACGACGAAAACAUAAUUAGCUAACGGCUUAACUUUAUAAAGUUUGGUCUCAUUGAAAUUGCAUUCAUAUUUUUUGUCAGCAAAGCUAGUGGUUGAAGGGGACAUGAUUAUCAAUGGAAGGAAGAUAGACGAUUACAUGAAGUACCUGAGCGGUUAUAUGCAUCAAGAAGAUAUGUUUAUACCAUAUUUAACUGUGUUGGAACACAUGACAAUUAUGGCAAAUCUCAAACUAGAUAGAAGACUAACAAGAGACGAUAAACGCCAGAAAAUCUUAAACAUAUUAACCGAGCUUGGUCUGUUGAAAUGUCUUCACAGUAAAAUUGGUGGUACCGACCAAAACAAAGCGCUAUCAGGUGGUGAGAAAAAACGAUUAGCAUUUGCAACAGAGAUCUUGAUAGAUCCGCCAUUACUAUUUUGCGAUGAACCAACAACAGGCCUAGACUCUUACUCCGCUCAGAAGUUAGUAGGCAUUAUGAGCAAGAUGGCAUCAGAAAGAACCACAAUAGUUUGCACCAUUCACCAGCCCUCGAUGGAUAUAUUUUCUAUGUUCACUCAACUGAUACUCAUAGCUGAUGGUAGGACAGCAUAUAUUGGAGCAACGUCAAAAGCUAUCGAG